AAAGCUACUAAUGGCAAAAAUUAUUUUCCCGUGCUUGCUAGCAACGAUUUUGCCCUAUUGGCUGAGUAAGAGGCAUGUGACUUAUCUGUGGAUCGUGAGUUGUUCUCCUUUGUACGUCAAGACAUCCAGCAAAGAUCAAAACUUCCUCUUCCAAGUCAGCAACAAAUGGCAUUUUCCUUAUCGCCUGUUAAAAUUGAGGAUGUGGGUGUGCUCGUACGACGGGUCGAAUUUCCUGCGUACCUAGAUAGUCCGCUCCGUCGCUUUAUGUUCCCACGCUCAACAGAACAGCAGUGGGAUUGUAAUGAAGAUGAAAUCAAAUGGGCAAUUGAUGGAAUUCAUGAAGCAAUUGAUCGAGAGAACGAAACGCUAUACAAGGCAUGUGGAGCAGAUGGCCUACCUGUCGGACUGAUAGGUUGGACCACCUGCUCAGGUGUCUUCUCAAAGGGAAUGAUUAAUGGUCAGAAUUUCAUCCAAGAUGACUCGAUAAUCAACUCCGAAGAAAGGCAGAGCAGGAAGAUGGGACAUCAUGACAGCUGGACCCCCCCUUCUUUGGAUGUGCCCUCAUGGCUUGGCAUCUCCAAACUGCUCAGAGCGGAGAGGCAAAGAGUGUUCCAAAGAUGGCAUGGACAUGAAAUAUGUAGGAUCACAUUCAUGGCUGUGGACCCUGAUCAUCAACGGAAAGGUGUUGGUUCUACGCUCUUGAAAAUGCUCUGCGACAUUGUGGACAAAAAUGAGCUUCACACUUUUGUUUUAUCCUCUCCCGAUGGUGUUCAGCUAUACUCUAAAUUUGGUUUUAAACCGGCUGGGGUUGUGGAAACAAAGCAGGGAAGUUUUACUAGCAUGCUACGGAACCCAGACCUGGAUGCCAGGCAAAACAUAGAGUUUUCUUUGUGA